CCCGUCAGCUGAUCAUUUUGCCCCCUCCCCAUUUGUAAAACUAGGGAUCCCAGCAAAGUUAAAACGUAGCAAGGUGUAAAUGGAAAGAAAGAUGGCAUCGCAUUUCUCCCGCCUUCUUGUUACAGCUACACGGACGGGUUAGCGGAAUAUAGUUCAAUCUGUCCUCAGCUGACGGGGUGCGUAGUUUCAACUACAUCCCUGACUCUAAUGAAUGGGCUCGGCAACAAGCGAGAUCCAGGACAGGAAAUACAUUCUGUAGUUGUGCUCCAACGUGGAACGGGAUGCACCAAAAAGUAAACACCAUACUGCGCAUGCGUGUGUAUACAAACAGAGAAACAGUUAUCCAUGGCAGGCUUCAAUCUACUGCACGUUGAGCGACCAUGUUGGAUGACUGACAAGAAUUUCGUUUUUCCAUUGCCAACACUUCGUCUGAAAUUGUGCUCCAGGGUUCCCAGGGAGGGAGAAAACUUUCUGAUAUUGUGAAAAAAAGGAAACACCGUUUCUUAAUUGGUGAACGACAAGAAUAAAAUCGGAGUUGUAACGAAAUAUCUUUUGUUAAACAACAAAAGAGACUCAAUUUCGUUAAAUACGUCAUCAGUUUGCCACCACUAUCGUAACUACGAGCUGUCUUGUUGUAUAACUGUCAAGGAUUGAUUUUCGGAUUUUAUAAUAAAACAAAAUGCCAAAUAAAAUCAACGUCGAUGAGGAUUAUUUCCUAUUGGAAGCUGUAAAGGCGGGAAAAGAGAGUCAAGUUCGCUCCAUUUUGUCUAAUAGCUGUUACCGAAACAUAGACUAUGUUGAUUGUAGAGGACGCACUGCUCUUCAUUGGGCAACGGAAUAUGGAUAUAAAAACAUUAUACGCUUGUUGUUGGACUCUAAAUGGAGUGCUGAUCUACCGGACAACAAAGGUCAAACGCCAUUACAUAUAGCGUGCAACCAUCAUAAAACAGAUAUAGCGACUUGGCUAAUCGGGAUGGGAUGUGACGUCAACGCGAAAGAUGACGCGGGAAAUGCUGUACUACAGCGGGCCAUUCACAACAACUUAGAAUCUGUUGUACAUCUUUUAUGUAAACUAGACGUCGGAAUCAACUCAAAGAACAAAAAUGACUGGUCACCACUACACGAAGCCAUUCGGAUAGGGAACAAGGAUAUUGUAAGACUACUGAUAAGUAAGGGUGCUGACGUAAACGCAUUGACACAGUACAAAGCCACGCCAUUUUCAACAGCCAUUUUUUAUUAUCGAAUCGCACAGAAGAACUCGUACGGUUCCUUGGAUUCAAUCGGCCGGACGCUUGUUCUGAAUGGUGGGCGUCUGAGUGAGUCGGAUGGUCAGUGGUCUCCCCUUCUAUCAUGUAUCUCGAUAGGCAACAGUUAUAUCGCCGGUAUGUUAUUGUAUCACGGGUGUCGAGUGGACAAGCAGGGCCAGCACGGUCGUAGUCUUCUCGUAGACGCCUUCACGAGAUGUGACACAAAUGUGGUCAAGCUGUUGGUAACCUGUGGCUAUCGGCUGACCAUUGAAGAGGUCGAACAGUGUACACGUCGCAUCCCAACAUUCUCUAGAUCAUUCAGGAGACUAGCAUUCUCAGGUCACGCCACGGGAACAAAUGGUGUCAAAAUGAUUGUGUGGCUUCGAGAGCGGGUACACAACUGUUUCUCGUUACAGGAACUAGCGCGCAUGACCAUCCGGAAGUCAUUGAAUGAAGGAUCCGGUGACAGAUCAAUUUUGGACAAUAUUCCGAAACUGAUACUUCCUAGAGUGAUCAAAGAAUACAUUGCAAUAGACGAAAUUGAAAAUGUAUAUUAAAUAACUAUUAUAUAUAGUGAAAACCUGUUAACCUCUUAUGAGGUGGAUACUCAUUAUGGCUAACCUCCAGGAAACAUUCUAUAUAUAAACUCAUUUAGUUAUCUAAACCAAUUAAAUGCCAGUUACUUGUGUUAUUCCACACCAGAUAUGGAUGGAAUGGAUACGUGUUGUCUCGAUAUUGAGAUGUUUCGUUUCGUAAUUUGGUAAGAAAAUUUUAUCAAAUUUAUAUCAGGUGCUCAAGUUUGGGUUGUGCAGUGCCACCGCUUCAACAUUGCUCACACUUGAGUGUAGAUAACGUGUACCGACACUAAUUUUUUUUAUAAAUAUUGAGGUCAUGUUAACGAAUCUAAUAUCUGGGUCUUUUGAACCGGAAAUGAACUACACUGGAAAUCGAUAAGAACAUCCUCCGAUAUGUACUUCAGGCGAUGUGUGACGUAUUCUAAUAGCAACGUAGGUCUCUCGUGGUGUGAUUCCAUGAUAUCGCGUUGCCAAGGUUACAUCUCCCGUAGGUCUGUAAAUUAUAAAAACAAAAUAUUACAACAUGCUUUACGAGGGUAUUUCACUGGGCCAACAAGAUAAAAAAACGCUCAUUGUGAAUGUUUAAUAUAGAGGAUGGCGGCGGAAGCUAUGAAAAUAGACACAGUAUGUCAGUUUCCGAAGUAGGUUAACUAGAGAUCUCAUUAAAUACACCAGAAGUGUUUUAGAUCUCAUGUUUGAAAGAAAAAAAAGUUGAAACCCAUGUCCAAAAAGCGCGUGUGAUGCAGGUGCUUUACGUGUUGGUAAUUAGUGUAUGCAUGUGUAUGUUUUUGUGUCUGUUAAGGAUCCACAGGCAUGUUGAAAUUCCAAUCAAUGUAAAAUGUGUUUAUGUUUCAGUAACUUAUUUAUUUCUUAUGCAUUAAAAAAAAAAAAAACCUUGUCUUCCAAACCAAACUGAAGGACUGAAAAAUACCCAUGUUCCAAUAUCUUGCAGCAGCAUUGCUCGGCCUUAAAUAAACUUCACAAGAAUUUUACAA